GCCAUGCGGGCUGCCACGUCGUAAUAUCUCUGUGAGACCAAAUUUUUUUAUCCUAUAAGCUUGCGAGUGUGGUAUGAAACGUUUAUCAGAAAAAAAAAAGGAAAAACCCUCGCGGAUCUGCAGAUGUUGGAGCGAUUUUUGGCGACGGCUGUCACGGAGUUAAAUCUAAGUCAGAUCAAACUUGUAGUGUAAUUGUAACUCCAAAAACAAAGCAUCAUUUACAGAGUCUGGAGUAUUGAGGUUUUGAUAGGGGGAAUAUUUGGUGAUUAUAGGCUUUUUGCCUGAGACAAAGGUCGGGAUAAAAGCCUAAAGCUAAGGCUCAGCAGAUGAGUUGUGAACUGACGCACAUAAAUUCUGCUGUUCUUCGGUAUAAGUUUGGUGUUGGUCAAGGAUCAGAAGGCUAGAUACUGUUUGUUGCAGAAGCAGAGUGUUUGUAGGUAGGAUAUUGGGUCAUGACUACCGGUAAGUCCGAUGGGGAUGGUAAGUUUAAGCAACCUGCCCAAGGAGUGCCAAAGCAAGUGAAAUUUAUAGUGAACCUGGAAUCUGAUAGUGAAUGUGUUCAAAAGGUAACUUUUGGUGAAAUUUCUGAAAAGGUUAGAUUUAGACACAGAGACGGAUCAUCUACUCAGAACAAUGACCGGAAAAUGGAUGUCAAGGGAGUCCUUUCUCGAAAAGAUGUGCAUGUUCGACAUGAUAGUGUGGGGUUUAAUAGUAGAGCAGAGGCAAAUAAACGCGUGCAAGAAGAUCAAGAGGUCAGAGCUGGUUUGAUGGGUGAUGGGCAGGAGCUCUCAGAGGAAGAUGAAUCAAGGAAUAAUGAAGCACUGGAUGAUGUUGUAGAUGGUGAUUGGCAUUUACCAGAUGCCAAAGUACAACUUCCAGGACCUGCUCUUCCACAACAACAGCCACAGAUCCAAGGACCUGUCAUCAGAUGGGAAAGGUUCCUUGAGCAACGUUGUUUGAAAGUCCUUUUGGUGGAAAAUGAUGACUCAACUCGCCAAGUUGUCAGUGCUCUACUACGCAACUGCAGUUAUGAAGUUACUGCUGUUGCAAAUGGCCAGCAAGCAUGGAAGCUUCUAGAAGACCCCAGCAAUCAUUUUGAUCUUGUUUUGACAGAGGUAGUCAUGCCUUGCCUUUCAGGCAUUGGUCUCCUGUGCAAGAUCAUGAGUCACCAGAACUGCAAAAAUAUGCCUGUUAUAAUGAUGUCUACACAUGAUUCUAUGGGUAUUGUUUUCAAAUGCCUGUCAAAGGGUGCUGUAGACUUUCUUGUAAAACCUGUCAGAAAGAAUGAGCUUAAGAAUCUAUGGCAGCAUGUUUGGAGGAGGUGCCACAGUUCAAGCGGAAGUGGUAGUGAAACUGGUUCCCAAACAAAAAAUGUUGUAACACCAAAUGGUGAAGCCGAUCCUGAUAACAAUACUGGCAGCAAUGAUGACAGUGAUGAUGCAAGCAUUGGUCUGAAUAUUAGAGAUGGGAGUGAUAAUGGAAGUGGUACUCAAAGUUCAUGGACAAAACGAGCUGUUGAGGUUGAGAGUCCUCGACAUAGAAGUGAAUGGGAUCUUGGCCGGUCUCAUUGCAGCACUAUUGCGCAAGUUAUUCAACCGAAAAUAGGGAUAGUCCAAAAUGAAUGGAUGCCCCCAGGUGGAACUUCUAGAGAAUGCAAGGAUGAGAAACCAUACGAUUUUGCAAUGGGAAAGGACCUGGAAAUCGCUGUGCAUGGACAAACAGAUGUAGAAGCUGAACAACACCAGGAUGAUAAAGUUCUAUCUAAUCAAGCAUGUGCUAGGGAGGAAAAAACUGCCCUGGCAAGUAGUGCAGAAGGUGAUAAAAUAGAGGAACCUAUGGAUACUGAUGGUAGUCCUGGUGAGACUGCUACCAAGGCUGCUGACUUGAUUGGCACCAUAGCUAGCAAACCUAAAAGCAGGAAUGUAGAGCUAGAGGACUGCGCUAGCAGGGAAGUUCCAGAGAAAUGGGUUACUACACAAAUGAAAGAUAAAACAGUGGCUGAUUUUAAACAUUUGCCCUUCCUUGAGCUCACUUUAAAGAGACCCCGUCAAAAUGGAGAAGAGGAUGGGGAAGCUGAAGAUAGGCAUGUUUUGAGACAAUCUGGUGGCUCUGCAUUUUCAAGGUAUAACACAAAUGGCACUCAGGUUUCUCAUCCAUCUGGAGAUUCAUUUCAACCCAAUUUAUUAUCUAAAGGAUAUGGAGGGCAGUGUCGUAUGACCUCUGCCAGCCUUGAAAGUGGGAAAACUGGAUCUUUACGUGCUGCAGUUCCAAUUGAGAGGGUAGCUUCCUCAAAAGGAAGUGGAGGUGAUGCAUCGACACCUGCUCCUGUGCAUAAUCAGCUAUCACAAAGUAGUAACAACCAAGAUUUGGGUUCUUCUGUGGUGGGUCCUGGGCAAGAUGUGUUUCCUAGGCCCAUGCCUACCAAAGACGACAUGCUAUCAGCUACAAAUACAGGACCACAGACGGGAAAGCCCAUGUCCAUGCAUCCAGGAGUUAUGUCAUAUGACAGUGUACCCGCAGUUUAUGGUUCUGGAGUACAUCCUAUGUAUUACUCAAAUAAUGGUCAAUCUCUCUGGGGUUCUGAAGCACAAAACCCAAAUGAAAGAGGAGAAAUAUGUAAUAAUUCUACUCAGACUGAACAGCAAUUGUUGUGUCCUCGUGUUCAUCACCACCACCACCAUGUGCAGCAUGUCCAUCAUCACCACCACCAUCAUCAAAAUCGGCAGUAUAAGCAUGGCCAUGAGCAUCCGAAUCAAAAUGAGCACACUAUGAAUAAUGUUACCAUGACAGCCCCCAGGUGCGGGUCAUCUAACAUGGCUGGGUGCACACCUGAUGGUAACAAUGGCCAGAGUGGAAGUCACAAUGGCCAGAGUGGAAGUAACAAUGGCUACGGAAGUAAUGGAAACGGAAAUGGCAGUGUCAAUGGAAGUGCAUCUGGAAGUAAUAACGGGAGUAAUGGUCAGAAUGGUCAUAGCAAUGGGCAGAGUAGUGCUGCUGUCACUCCAGGAACAAAUGGGGAGAGUGACACUGGCAUUGGAGUGAAAAGCAGCAUUGGAAGUGGAAGUGGAAGUGGAGUUGACCAGAAUCGGUCUGCCCAGAGGGAAGCAGCAUUGAACAAAUUUCGUCAGAAAAGAAAAGAGAGAUGCUUUGAAAAGAAGGUUCGUUAUCAAAGCAGGAAAAGGCUUGCAGAACAGCGACCAAGGGUGAGGGGCCAAUUCGUGCGUCAAACUAUAUAUGAACCUACUAGUGGCGAUGCAGAUUGAGUAUGAAGCAUUUAAAAUGCUACCCUCUUUAUCUCCGCCGAGGGGAAGUCAGACAGAUUGCUUCAGCACGGCUCCCUUACUUGGAGUGCUCUUACCUCGGAAAGAGUGCUUCAGUUUGCUGUUACAAAAUUUUUACUGUGACUGGAACUUGUUAAUAUUUGAGUUUGCUGAAAUGAACACGAUUUAUUGUUUGCCUGGUUCUCAACACGCCCUUCUACAGUUUUACUGUUGCCUACCAUGUCACCAAAGCCACCCUUGCAAGUGUUGUUUCAAACUCUUAAGCAACUGGGUCAUGGCGAUUGUGGUUUUGGCCCAAACACUAUGAUAUAUAUAUAUAUAUUUAACUGUAUCUCUAGCCUGCUAUUUCUGACAAUAGGCACGGCACUAAUUUUUCUCCAA